AUGGACGCAGGCCGAGACUCGCAAAUACAAAGUUGGUUACGAUACAUGAUGGUGUCUUCAAAUGUCUCGACAUUGGUUAGUAGGGUGACAAUACAGCACUUACUUCGCUGCCACCCGCGUGGUAGCAGUGGCACUGAGAUUCCUACACUGUGCUUACGAGGCGGCCGCGCUCGAGACCCGAUCUUCCUGGCGAAGCCGAUUCCACCCACCAAAGCGUCCAACAACAGCAUCCUCCAAGCCUCAUGCAGGCGUCUACACACCUCCACUUGCUCGUGGACACGCACGGACACGCUCUCUCCCAACCCUCUUCCACGUCCAUCUCGUAAACGACUUGUGGUCGGCAUAACGGGUGCCACGGGUGUGGUCUUUGCGGUGCGGAUUCUCCAGAUUCUCCGCGCGCUCGACGUCGAGACACACCUGGUGAUGAGCAAAUGGGCGCUGGCGACGAUGAAAUAUGAGACGCCGCUGUCGGAAUUGGAGUUGCGAGGUCUGGCGACAUACAACUAUACGGCCAAGGACUUGUCGGCGCCGAUCUCGAGCGGCUCCUUCCAGCACGACGGCAUGAUCGUCGUGCCGUGCAGUAUGAAGACGUUGGCGGCGAUCCGCAUCGGCUACUCGGACGACUUGAUUUCGCGUGCGGCCGACGUCACUUUGAAAGAGAGCAGGAAGCUCCUGCUUGCCAUCCGCGAGACACCCCUGAGCGAUGUUCACCUCGAAAACAUGUUGUUUCUCCGGCGGGCGGGUGCCAUCAUCUUCCCUCCGGUGCCCGCUUUCUAUACGCGACCAAAGGAUUUGGAAGACGUGAUUGAUCAGAGCGUGGGCCGAAUGCUGGAUGCGUUCCAUAUACGUACUGACAGCUUUGAACGGUGGACUGGAUUCCGAAGGGAUUGA